AAUUAAAUCAUAAUUUUAAAUUUUUUCAAAGUAUUUGAUUUUAAGUUUCAAAAAUAAUUUUCGCUUGUCAUACAUUUCAAAAUCCGUUCAAGGGUACGGUGGAGAAAAUCAAAUUUUUAACGCUUGUGGAAUGGCGCCCCCAGGGAGGACGAAGAUUCCGAAUAUAUUUUCCCCAAGAUUUCCCGUUGGCCAUGGCCUCAUCGUCCGCCGCCGCUCUUGAGGUUAUCGACGACGACGAUGAAUUUGACUGGGACGCAGCUGUGAGAGAGAUCGAUGUGGCUUGUGAAGCCAAUGGCGUCGCCCUUCCGGUCAAUGGGACAUUCGCUUCGUCUUCUGAUGGAGUUGCGACUUCGACUUCCAUCCCAAAUAGGAAAACGCUCAAAACCCCUAAUGGUGGUGGCCUUGCGUCUGGGAAGCAGUCGACUCUUGAUAUGUUUAUGGGAUUUCCGCCUAAGGCUAAGAAUGCCGAAACCGAACCCCACAAUCCAAACGGCGUUGGAGUCAGAAAAGAGGAGUUUGGUAAUGAGGGGGAUGACAGG